AUGGACGCCGCCUCCCCAUACGACAAGCUGUACCACGUCCUCUACUUCACCCAACUCCAGGCGCUGACGGGCAACGCGACCAGGGUGUUCAACAUCACCCGGAAUGGCGAGACCAGAUCUAGUUGGUAUACCCCGCGUUACCUAUCAUGUGGCUACACAUACAGCGUUGAGCCAUUGGAAGGCUAUUCUCGAUACCAAUACGUUCUCGACGCCACGAGCAACUCCACCCUCCCCCCCAUCAUCAACGCCUUCGAGGUAUACUCUCUGAAGCAGCUCACCCAAGCAGCCACCGACUCCGUAGACGGGGGAUUGACUGGUGAAAUAUCCGGACCUUUUGCAAUGCUGAAAGAUAUCAAGUCUCUGUACUUGUCUCAUAACAAGCUUAAUGGGCCAAUUCCUGAUUCUCUUGGCAGUUUAUCAGCUCUUCAUGUCCUAGAUUUGUCUUGUAAUAAUUUAACAGGAACUAUACCUGAUUCUCUUGGAUACCUUUCAUCGCUCCAAGUCCUACAUGACAAAAUCGAUUGGACCAUUGUGCCUUCACCAGUGCCUACUAGUGACAAUAAGAAGACUAAGACCCCUAUCAUUCUGAUUCCUUCAGUAGUUGGUGCACUGCUACUUCUAGUGGUGGUAGUGGUCUUCAUUGUGAGGAGAUCCAGAAAGCUGCAAGGUCGGGCCUCUGAUAACUCUGUACAGCCAUGUGGUUAUCAAUCUCAGCAGAGACCUGACAGUACCAAGCAACAAGUUCUAUUUGAGAGUCGAAAAUUUACAUUCAAGGAGUUGGAGAACAUCACAAAUAAUUUUUCAAGGGUCAUGGGGAAAGGAGGUUUUGGCAUGGUGUAUCAUGGCUGCUUAGAAACGGGAAAGCAAGUUGCAAUCAAGAUGCGUUCUCUAUCAUCACAACAGGGCAUGAAGGAAUUUCUGGCUGAGGCUCAGAACUUGACAAAAAUAUACCACAGGAAUCUGGUUUCACUGGUUGGUUAUUGCAUCGAUAAAAAUUGCCUAGCUCUUGUUUAUGAAUAUAUGCAGCGAGGAAGUCUUCAUGAGAAUCUACAAGAUAAGGCUGGUCGUGCUAAAGCCUUGAACUGGGGUCAACGACUGCGAAUUGCACUUGACGCUGCACAAGGACUGGAAUACAUGCAUAAAGGAUGCAGGCCUCCAAUAAUCCAUAGAGAUAUCAAAACCAGCAACAUUCUCUUGAGUGAAGAACUAGAGGCUAGAAUAGCAGAUUUUGGGUUAUCCAAGUCUUUCCAAACCCACGUGUCCACGAAGAUGGUGGUUGGCACCCCUGGAUAUAUCGAUCCUGAUUAUGUCUUCUACACCCUUUUCUUCUCACCCUAACCUCUUCAGGUACCAUCAAACUUACCAACUCACCGACAAGAGUGAUGUGUAUAGCUUUGGUAUAGUUCUGUUGGAGCUUAUCACAGGAAGACCUCCGAUUGUGCCUGGUCUGGGAAACAUUCACAUCAUGCUGUGGAUCGCCCCAAGUCUUUCCUCGGGGAACAUAGAUGAAAUUGUUGAUGAAAAUCUACAAGGAAAAUGCAACCCUACUUCUGCAUGGAAGAUCCUGGAAUUAGCUCUCACGUGCACAGCAGAUAAAGGCAGCCAGAGACCAACAAUGUUUCAAGUAGUGAUGCAGCUGAAGAGCUGCUUGGAGCAAGAGAUUGAUUCUUACAAGAGCGAGAACAUAUAUAGUAAAGGUUUUAAUGUAAGCCAAGAAACUGCAUCUGAUAUAGGAGGACCAUUUGGUCCUUCUGCCAGAUAAAUCCAUCACAGUUAUUUCUGCUACGUAAUACUAUGUGUGGGUUUAGAUGAGAUAUGUUGAAUAGAGUCCUCGAAAGAAGUCCAGCUACAUUCAUGUUGGCUAGUAUUUCUAUGCAUGGCAAUGAUUUUGAGUUCUGCCACUCACUGGCCUGACUUCAGAACCACAAAAUCAAGCUUCAUCGUGGUUGUACAACUCUUUUGCUACAUAACAAGUUCUUGAAAUUGAGAUCUUGGGAGACUAAAGCCAAAGGAAGAUGGUUAUCGAUGCAAAGCUGGUUAAGCUCAUGGUUUGCACCUAGUCAUUAUUCCUUUAGUGUAUGCCUUAUUAGUUUAGGUGCCUGCACGGUGGUGUGUCUUUGAUUGUGUUGGUUAAUGUAUAAAAUGUCUGAACAUAUUACUGGAUAUGUAAAUUACUUUGGUUCCUUUUUCUGUUAUCUUUUGAAUUGCUAAACUCAUUCAUCCAUAAUAACUCUUCACAUUUAUCUGUCAGUACUAUUACGGCAACU